GGCGCCAGAGGAGGUGUUUUAGCGGGGACCGCGGUCCGAGGCCGGAGUCGCGCUCGGCGGGUCGGAGCGCUGGCGCGGCCGAGACGCCGCGGGGUCCCCGCCUGCGCGAGGCACUCGGAGCGGGGAGCUGCGCGCCUCGCUUUCCCCGCCCGAUGCCGCCGAUCGGCUGCUGAUCUCCUCGCGCAGCUGACCCCGCGCCGCCGCGGGGUGGUGGAGGUCUCGGGAGACGCAGGAAGCCAACCUCGCCGAGGGGGAAUGGAGGUAAAUUGCUUAACACUAAAAGACCUGAUCAGCCCCAGGCAGCCCAGACGAGAUUUUGCGAUUGAAGACGGGGAAAAUGCGCAAAAGGAAAAUAUAUUUGUUGAUCGCUCAAGGAUGGCUCCAAAGACGCCAAUAAAAAAUGAACCCAUUGACCUAUCGAAGCAAAAACUCUUCACUCCAGAAAGAAAUCCCAUGACUCCAGUUAAGCUUGUCGACAGGCAGCAGGCAGAGCCGUGGACGCCCACAGCCAAUCUGAAGGUGCUCAUUAGUGCUGCCAGCCCGGACAUAAGGGACCGAGAGAAGAAAAAAGGACUGUUCAGGCCCAUUGAGAACAAGGACGAUGCGUUCACAGACUCCCUGCAGCUUGAUGUUGUUGGGGACAGUGCUGUGGACGAAUUUGAAAAGCAGAGGCCAAGCAGAAAGCAGAAAAGUUUAGGACUCCUGUGCCAGAAGUUUUUAGCUCGCUACCCAAGUUAUCCACUGUCCACUGAGAAAACCACCAUCUCCUUAGAUGAAGUUGCUGUCAGCCUUGGCGUGGAAAGAAGGCGCAUCUACGACAUUGUGAACGUGCUGGAGUCGCUGCACCUGGUCAGCCGGGUGGCCAAGAAUCAGUAUGGCUGGCACGGUCGGCACAGCCUGCCAAAAACCCUGCGGAACCUCCAGAGACUGGGAGAGGAGCAGAGAUACGAAGAGCAGAUGGCACACCUCCAACAGAAGGAGCUAGACCUGCUGGAGUACAAAUGCGGAGAACGCAAAAGAGACGGCUGUGCAGAGUCCCAGGACCCGCACUUGCUGGACUUCUCUGAACCAGACUGUCCCUCUUCAUCUGCAAGCAGUAGAAAAGACAAGUCUCUGAGAACCAUGAGCCAGAAGUUUGUCAUGCUGCUCCUGGCCUCCAAACCCAAGAUUGUGACCCUCGGCGCGGCUGCCAAAGUACUGACAGAGGGAAGCCAAGACACGGCAGACCACAGCAAACUCAAAACAAAGGUACGACGCCUCUACGACAUUGCCAACGUGCUGACCAGCCUGGCGCUGAUAAAGAAAGUGCACGUGACCGAAGAGCGAGGCCGCAAACCCGCCUUCAAGUGGAUCGGGCCGGUGGAUUUCAGUCCCAGCGAUGAAGAACUCGUGGAUGUUUCCGCAUCUGUCCUACCAGAACUGAAAAGAGACACAUAUGGCCACAUUCAGUUCUGCGCAAAACAGAAGCUCGCUCGACACGGUUCUCUUAACUCCGUUCAGGCUUCGGAGAAGAUCCAGAGGAAAGUGAACUCGGAACCCAGCAGCCCUCACAGAGACAAGCAAGAAUCAGGUGGCUACUCCUUAGAAAUUGGAAGUCUAGCAGCUGUCUACAGACAGAAAAUAGAAGACACUUCGCGGGGGGGUGCCUUUGCCCGUCGGAGAGCGAUGCCCCCAUCCGACGGCCAGGACGCCGCCGCUGCCCCGCUCCCCAGCCGCUCCGCUGACUCCGAGUCCUGUGCCAGCCCUCCGGCCAACCGCGUCCUUUCUGGGGCGCCCACGGACUCGCAGGCCUUCUCCGCCCAGAACGGACGGGGAGCUGUCUCCCUCGGCCCCGCGGCCUCGGACGCCGCGGAGAGCCUGCAGCCGGCCCUGCUGCCCGGGCAGCCCCUGGUGUACGUGCCCUCCGCGCCGCUCUUCAUGCUGUGCGGGGGCCUGCAGGAGGCGCCGGCCCCGGGGGCAGGGCCAGAGAGGGACAGCAGAGGCUGGGAGGUCACGGCCGCAGAGCACGCGUCCAGCCCCUCGGUGCCGAAGCGCCUGGGCGAGGAGAGGAGGCCCCAGGAGGAGGAGGGGCCCGCCACCAAGAGGCAGAGCAGGGACUGCGAAGAAGGCCCCCUCUCGCUGGUCAUGCCCAAGAAACCCUCAGAUCCCACAGACAUUGCCUCUUCCAAGAACGUGGAGACAAGGGGCUCUGCACCCCAGGAAGACCUUCGCAGGAAUGGGCAACUUUCCGCUGCAAAGGAGGCUUCGGGAAAGGCUGUGGCAAACUGCUUUGUUUCUGCUGAGUGGGGAAAUCCUUCUAGAAAUUCAGAGAUAGAAAAGCCUCUGAAAGAAAACGAAAGCACCAAAGAGCCCUCUUUGCUGCAGUAUCUCUAUGUGCAGUCGCCAGCAGCAUUAAAUGGUUUCAACGUGCUUUUAUCCGGCCAUCAGACGCCCCCUGCCGUGGGGGCGUCCCCGGGCCCCCUGCCCCCGCUCAGCGUCCCGUGCAUGGUCGUGCCGUCGCCCACACUGGGCCCUUUCCCGCUUGUCUACUCCCCCGCGGUGCCCGGGCGGGUUCCGGCGGCACCCGGCCCUCUCCCGCACGCGGGGCCCGCGCCUUUUGGCCUGUCCGGCCUCGGGUCGGCCGCUCCGCUCCUCAUCGGCCCGGCCGCCGCGGGGAACCCCAAGCCGCCGCCACUCCCCGCCGCAGACGCGCCGCUCCAGGGUCCACGCGCUCUUAGCCUGAGUCCGGUGACGUCGAGAUCCCUCCGUGUCACCCAGCCCGAGUCCCCCGUGUACAGAGGACAUCAAGCGUCUGUGGCAAAACCACAGCAGUCACCAGCUCCAGUCACCCCCAAGAGCGUCCGGUGCACACAGCGAGAUACAUUUUUCAAGACACCCGGCAGCCUCGGAGACCCUGUCCUGAGGAAAAGAGAGAGGAAUCCGUCGCGUAACACCACUUCAGCACAGCGGAGACUCGAGAUACCCAGUGGCGGGUCCGACUAAGCCGCUGCUCUGCCCGGCAGGCGGGGACGGAGCUGCCCGAGCUUCCCUGUGAUAAGGUCUCGUCCUAACUCUGCCGAACAGAAACCGGAAUGCAAACCAUCUCGUCUUCAGCAUGCCUCCUUCCUCUCUGCAGCAUCCGCUGAUCCAGACACUCACUCCCCAUCGUCAUGAAGCACCUAUUUUCCUAAAAGUGGUUGUCAUUCAUUGUGCAUUGAAAACCAGUUAGAGUCGGGACCCUGCGUGGUGUCACAGGGAAAGCACCAGCUGACUUUUGUGGUUUUGAUUCAAGAAUCAUCUUAAUGCCGGAAAUAGAUCCGAGCAGCCUCCUGGAGCCUUAGGGUUUUCUGAAGUGGGGGGUUGCAUCUAGCACUUAACUAAGGUGAACGUUCUUGACACGUAUUUCCACUUGCCCUGAGCUGAUCUGUGGUGAGAAACCUCCUUUCUGCAGUUUAGAAAAGCUACUGCUCCCUUUGGCUUCAUCAGGAAGCCAGCUUCACUUGUGACUCCUAUGGUAUUAUUUAUUUUUUCCUGAAAUGGGAUUUAGUGCAAACAAGUUUACAUCUACAGCAAAAUACAUGUUUUUCAGGGUAUGACGACUUGAAUGUUUAUGCUUUUUUCCCUAUGAUUUGCCCUGCACUUACUUUACAACCUAGCAAUAAUGUGGACAAAUGUAUGUGCGUGACGGAAGGCCAAGGCCACGCUAACUGUGAAUGACACACCUUGCUGUCAGGAGCUGUGCGCACCCCACCUGGGCAUGAGUAUUAAGAUGAGCCCCAGCAGCCCGAUAGCUGCUUCUCGGUAACUGAGUGAUUUGUCAGAAUCCUGCCGUGUCCAGUUUCCUUCACUGCAUGCAUGCCCUUGUGGUUUUUAAUUUAAAUGUUAACUACAGAGGAUCAGGUACGGGAUAUGCCUCCUAACAACUGCUGUUUAUCAAAUGAAUCAGGAUGGUGGAAAGUAAUUCUACAAAAAAUGGGAACCUGGUUGGGAGCUUUUGGUAGGAUUCUGCUGACGUGAUGAUGUAGAAAUUGACAUAGGACAAUAAGGGAGACCUAGCUUUUUUCGCUUCCUUUUUUUCUUUGUUGUUGGAAGAGGAAGAGGGAAAAUGAACACUUUAUGUUCAGGAUCCAAGAGUACUCAUUCACACCCGUUGUUUUUCAAAGUCCUUCUGCAAAAUAAGAACAGGGAGUGCAGGGCUUCAUUGUUCUCGCAUAAAUUUAAUUCUGGAAACUGUUAUGCAAUAUCCCUUUGUUAAACCAUAUUCCUUUAGGGUUUCAUGAAGCGGCCAAACUAGACUUUGUAUUCUUUGAUUUACUGCUGUUUAACUCACCGUCUCUCCCGAGUAAAUGGCUUCCUUCCUGCCUCCCUCCUCUUCUCCCUUCCAUUUUUCCUCCUUUCCUUCAUUCCUCACUCUUUCUCUUCCUGUCUCCUUAGAUUUCUUUUUCAGAUCCUUAGAUGUGGGAUCUUGGUGUAGGACUUUAUUUUUAUUUUUGGACCCAACAAAAUGUUAUAUGAAAGAAUAAAGCAUAUUAAUUGAAGAGACUCUGGGAGUCUGAGUGAAAUAGCUUUACAUUAACUGCAGGAUAAUAUUAGCCUGAUCACCCCCACAAGAUUUUUGAAAAUGUGAGAUAGGUAGCCAGGUUAAAUAAAUUUGCCAUGAUAUAGAAUUUUUAUAAACACUAAACUUCUAAAGUUUACCAGAUGGAUCCCCCCCCCCGUCUUCUCUAGAGUUAAACAUGAAAAAUGUGAUUCUCGUCAUGAGCUGAUCUAAUCGCAUGGUAAUGGUUACCCUCAACUAAUAUGACGGAUUCCCGAUCAGAACAAAAAUACGUCUUUUUCAGGAGAGUAUGGGACACACGGAACGGAGGUGUGCUUCGGACUCUCCUUGAAACAUUUCCUCUUGCGAGAUGUGCAUGUAGAUGAAGACAGGCACUGAUGCCCCUCCCUGUCUUUGGCUGCCUGCCAUUUAACUUCUCUGAUACCCUUUUUUAAAAAUUCUGUUCAUGACAUGACCACAUAAACCUCAGAGGAUUCACAGCUCUUGAGGGGUAUUCCGCAAGCUGAUAAAUGAGAGUAUGAUUCUGUGACCAUAGGCUUCGAGAGAGAAGACCAACAAGAGAGUCCUUUUGUACCCAGGAGUCAUUUCUUCGUGUGGCUUGGGGAUGUGUAGAAAAUAGUUAGGCAGUGGUUCUUUCUGGCAGGAAUGGGAAUCUGCGACAGAGCCAACGGAUGGUACUGGGGCAGCUGGCAUCUCCCCACACUCGCAUGUUGGGAGUAGUGAGAAAGCCAUGGCACGCUCGAGUCUAUCCUGAUAAUGUGGCAAAAUGUUAAUAAAUGACUGUCAGUGAUCCUGCGAAGGAAAUGCAGCUUUGAGUCCACACUGAGGGAGGUGUGUGUCCCCUACACUGUCCAGGGUUUGAGAAACCCUUUCAUUCUGGUCCAAGCGUUGGGGGUAUAACGUUUAUACUUGAAUCUACCUACCAAGUUUACAUUUCUCGAUUCCUUUUUGCGAGGUGCUAUUUCUGUAUUUAAAUGACUUUUUUCCCCAAUGUAAAGCUGCUUUCUGCUUUAUCUUAUUGCACUGCUAGUUUUAUGUAGGUCUUAAUUUUAUUGCUGCUUACAGCUUUUUUCAUAUUACUUAGCUCUGCUCUUCUAAUGACUAUAUUAUCUAUAUAAAUUUUUCUUUUAGAAAUUUUUUUGCUUUUAGGAAAGUAUGAAGCUUUAUAAAACAGCAAUAAAAAUCAAUUCAUGUAACGAGAGAUACUGGUUGUUUGUUGGUGGGCUCCCUGUGGGCACUAGUUUCAGUCAAACCAUUCCUAAGUUGCAGAAUGACCAACCAGCUCUUCCUAAUCCCAAGUUAGAUCUUUAGGCUGAGACAUUCCAGUGGUUUCCAAACCCCAAACACUUACUCUAUCAGAACCAGGUGGGGGCUUGGGAGGGUUGAGGGACUCUGCCGUUGAGUUUUUUAUUUCUACCAGAGUUUGAAUCUCUGGAGGUUUGGAGCUUCCAGAUGGUUCUGAUGCUUAACCAAUCUAAGAAUCCCAGUGAGGGCAGACUGCCUCCCUGACUUUCCAUGAUCUCUGCAGCGUUAAAUGCUUCUCAGCCCAGCAAAUGCCCACCC